AUGGUACCCGACGUGGAGCUCAGCAAGAAUGUUACCAACGGCGAUUGGGAGAAUGAAUUCCCACCCGAGGUGCAGAAGAGGAUUUUGUGGCGGAUUGACAGACGACUGAUUACCACUGUCGGGUUUAUGUAUUGCGUCUCGUUGAUGGAUAGAACCAACCUCUCCGCCGCCAACAUCGCAGGCAUGGCCACCGAGCUCUCUUUGGUUGGCAACCGGUACUCAAUUGCCUCCCUUCUCUUCUUCGUGACAUACGUCAUCUUCCAGCCGCCCUCGACGGUCAUCGUCCGCAAGCUCGGCCCGCGCUAUCAUAUAGCAAUAAUUACGCUACUAUGGGGCUGCGUGAUGAUAGGCAUGGGAUUUGUGAAAGAUUAUGGACAGCUGGCCGCGUGUCGUGUGCUCCUGGGGAUCCUGGAAGCUGGUUUCUUCCCAAGUUGUGUGUAUCUUUUGAGUACCUGGUACACCCGAUAUGAGGUCGGCAAGCGAUACUCCUUCUUCUACGUGGUGGGCUGUGUUGCAGCUGCGUUCUCUGGCAUCCUCGCUUUUGGCCUAAUGCAAAUGGCCGGGCUCGCCGGGCUCACAGGUUGGCGCUGGAUUUUCAUCAUGGAAGGUAUAAUUACAUGUUUGAUCGGAAUUGUCGGAUACUGGUUACUGGUCGACUUCCCCGAUUCCAACCGAAAGUCCUGGAAUUUCCUCAACGCGGAAGAAUUGGCCUGGAUAGUCAAGCGAGUUAAUGCUGACAGGGGCGAUGCGGUCACGCCCAAGUUCGAGCUCAAAAGAUUCUUGGGUGCUGGCCUCGACUGGAAGAUCUGGGCCUACGCCAUGAUCUUCUUCAACACGACAACAAUAACCUACGCUCUCGCCUACUUCCUCCCCAUCAUCCUGAACAAGAACCUCGGCUUCAGCGUCGGCGCCUCGCAGUGCCUCAUCGCGCCUCCCUACGCUUUUGCGGGCAUCUACAUGUACGGUAUGGGCUGGCUCGGCGACCGCUACCACGUCCGCGGACCCGUUAUUGUCAUGAACAUGGUCAUGUGCCUCAUCGGCUUGCCCAUCAUGGGCUGGCACAGGAGCAGUGCCGUAAGGUAUUUCGGCGUGUUUCUCGUAACGGCCGGGGCGAAUUCGAACGUACCCUCUGCCAUGUCGUAUCAGGCGAAUAACAUUCGGGGGCAGUGGAAGAGAGCUUUUUGUAGCGCGACGUUGGUUGGUUUUGGAGGUAUUGGAGGGAUCGCUGGGAGUUUGGUGUUCAGAGCGGAGGACGCUGAGACUGGCUACAGGCCUGGCUUGUAUGCGUGUAUUGCUUGCUCGCUUCUGUCAAUAGUUAUUGUCGGAGUUGUCGGCGUCGUCUUUUACUUCGAGAACCGCAAAGCCGACCGCGGUGAGAAGCAGUUGGAGAGCCAUGACGAAGACUUUCAAGAAGGGUUCAGAUAUACAUACUAA